CUAUAAAUAGCCACAUUUUCAACCCCCUUUACACAACACAAUUUCAUAAGCAAUUUGCGUUAUUUGCGUAGUUGCACUUUUGGCCUUUUGUCGUUUCUUGAAAUUUAUCCUUUUUUCAUUUUCUUGAAUUUCUUUUUUUUGGGGGGGAAGAUGACUAUCGUCAUUGAGCAGCCUGAGUUUGGUUUGCAAGUAGAGGAGAAACAAAUCCCAUGCAAUACCAAUGAGCUUAUUUUGGAUGGUGGAUUUGUGGUACCAAAGCAAUUGUCUUGUGACGGUGGAUUUGAAGUGCCAGAAAUCAAUUCAUUUGGCCAAUCAUUUAGGGAUUAUAAUGCAGAAAGUGAGAGACAGAAGACAGUGGAAGAAUUCUAUAGAGUUCAACACAUCAACCAAACAUAUGACUACGUGAAGAAAAUGAGGGAAAAAUAUGGGAAGUUGGACAAAGUGGAAAUGAGUAUUUGGGAAUGCUGUGAGCUAUUGAAUGAUGUGGUGGAUGACAGUGACCCUGACUUGGACGAACCCCAAAUUGAGCACUUAUUGCAAACUGCUGAGGCUAUUAGAAAAGACUAUCCAAAUGAUGAUUGGCUUCAUUUGACUGCCCUCAUUCAUGAUCUUGGAAAAGUACUACUUCUUCCUAGCUUUGGAGGGCUACCUCAAUGGGCUGUUGUUGGUGAUACGUUCCCAUUAGGUUGUGCUUUUGAUGAAUCAAUUGUUCACCACAAGUACUUUAAGGAAAAUCCAGACACAAACAACCCUCUUUACAACACCAAGAAUGGUGUAUACAAAGAAGGAUGUGGACUUGACAACGUUGUUAUGUCAUGGGGACAUGAUGAUUAUAUGUAUUUGGUCGCAAAGGAAAAUGGAACUACUCUUCCUUCUGCUGCUUUGUUUGUCAUUCGUUACCACUCUUUC